AUGCCUGGCUCCUGGUUUACUGAAGGCAUGGACAAAACCCUGAACAUUAACAUCAACGACUCUCUAUCCGGCUGCCACGACAUGUCUUCCUACCACGCCGUCACUGUCUCCAGCAGACAGCAUCUACACAUCAGUCGUCAAGCCAGUCUACAGAGCCCCUCGAUGCUUUACGAGGAUCUUCCGGAGACCUACUUUGCCGGCCACUCAGGUCGGGCGACAAACAUGAACAAAGUCUACAGCCAGACCUACAUGUACAUCUGCUGCAAUUGCGGCGACGGGCCGAAAGUAUACAAUGUCCAGCCGAGAUGCACAGAGUGCAACCACAUUGUGUGCGGCAGUUGCAAGCCUGUCAAGUAG